AUGUCGUUUUUAAGGUACGCUGUUUCUGUCUCCAUUCCUAACUCAAGACCAUACUCUCAUUGUCUUCAACAUUUUCAUGAUCACGUUGAUGUUGUUUCCAUGUUCAACCGAAUGCUCCAUAAGAAUCCCACCCCAUCCGCCAUUGAAUUCGGCAAGAUUUUAGGUUCUCUUGUCAAAGCCAAACACUACCUUACUGUUGUUUCCCUUUCUCACCAAAUGGAAUUAAGCAGAGUUACUCCUGAUUGUGUAAUUCACAAUAUCCUCAUGAAUUCUCUCUCUCAAUUGGGUCAUAUUACUUUUGCUUUUUCUGUUUUUGGAAAGAUUCUCAAGAGGGGUUAUCUCCCAAAUGUCAUAACCUUCACUACACUCAUUAAGGGUUUUUGUCUCAAAGGCGAGAUCCAUACAGCAUUGCGAUUUCACGACAAGGUGGUAGCUCAGGGAUUUCGAUUGAACCAUGUUAGUUACGGGACAUUGGUCAAUGGUUUAUGCAAAGCGGGACAGACAGCAGCGGCACUACAGUUGCUGAGACGAGUUGAUGGAAAGUUGGUCCGGCCUAAUGUGGUAAUGUACACUACAAUCAUUGAUGGUAUGUGUAAAGAUAAACUUGUCAAUGAUGCAUGUGAUUUAUAUUCUGAAAUGGUUGCUAAGAGAAUAGUUCCCAAUGUUUUCACUUAUAAUGCAUUAAUCUAUGGCUUUUGCGUUGUUGGUAAAUUGAAAGAAGCAAUAGGUUUGUUUAAUAAAAUGAUGUUGGAAAACAUCAGCCCGGGUGUGUAUACUUUUAAUAUAUUGGUGGAUGCUUUUUGUAAGGAAGGAAACAUGAAAGAAGCGCAAAAUGUGUUAGGUAUGAUGAUUGAAAAAGACAUUAAACUUGAUGUUGUUACGUAUAAUUCUUUAAUGGAUGGAUAUUGUCUUGUAAAUCAAGUGAACAAGGCAAAGGAUAUGUUCAAGACUAUGAUUCAAAGGGGAGUAACUCCUAAUGUUUGGAGCUACAGUAUCAUUAUUAAUGGAUUAUGUAAGAUAAAAAUGGUAGAUGAAGCUAUAAGUCUCUUUAAAGAAAUGCAUUGUAGAAAAAUUAUUCCCAAUACGAUAACUUAUAGUUCCCUUAUUGAUGGCUUGUGCAAAUUGGGAAGAAUCUCGUAUGCUUUGGAGCUUGUAGAUGAGAUGUGUGAUAGAGGUCAACUACCUGAUAUAAUUACGUACAGUUCUAUAUUGGAUGCUUUAUGCAAUCACCAUCAAGUUGAUAAGGCACUGGCAUUGUUAACAAAGUUUAAAGAUGAGGGUAUUCAACCAAAUAUGUAUACAUACACUAUUCUUAUCAAGGGAUUGUGCAAAAGUGGAAGACUAGUGGAUGCACGAAACGUCUUUGAAGAUCUUUUGCUCAAAGGCUAUGAUAUAAAUGUCUAUACAUAUACAGCUAUGAUCAAAGGGUUUUGCGACAAGGGCUUGUUUGAUGAAGCGAUGGCCUGGCUGUCAAAAAUGAAAGACAGUGGUUGCCUUCCAAAUGCUAUAACUUAUGACAUAGUUAUUUCUUCUCUAUUUGAAAAUAAUGAAAAUGAUAAAGCAGAGAAACUUCUUUGUGAAAUGAUUGCUAGAGGUCUAUUGUAA